AUGCCUAAACAACCUGCCGUCAUCAUCAUAGCCCGACACGGCGCUCGACUCGAUCAAGUCGAUAGAAAUUGGAUCACAACAGCCGAAAAGCCUUACGAUCCUCCAUUAUCAUAUGGCGGCUGGAUGCAAUGCCAAACCCUGGGUGUGCGUAUAAACAAUGAGUUAUACAAUCUGGAUAGAAAAUACGGUCUUUCCACUGAAAACAAGGACGAGCCUGUAACAACUGAUGUGCCACCUCCCAAGAAAAGAAAAAUAAUCAUCCACACAUCUCCAUUCACUCGUUGUCUCCAGACCUCCAUUGCAAUCUCGGCAGGUUUACAGCAUCCUCAGAACCAUUCUCGGCCCCGUCCAAGACCCCGACAACAAUCCUCACGCGCACCUCUGUCUCCAACUGAGCAACCGGACCCAUCGUCAGAGCCGAGCGAUUCAUUGGAAGAUGAUUCUCUGCGCAAGACUACAAGCAAAGAACAGACACAGACAAAUCGUUUAGGCUACAACACCUGCUCUCUACGUAUUGAUCCUUUCCUGGGCGAAUGGCUUUCCCCGAGCUAUUUUGAACAUGGCGAUCCACCACCUCCUUCCGCCGUGCUCGUCUCUGAGGCGAAGUUACUGCUUCAAACACCGCAAGAGGAGAUCAAAGGUGCUGAUUUAUCUCAGUCUUUGUCCGACUUACCUUUGCUUGAAUGGGAUGAGAAAGAGAAUGAUGGUGCCUCACCUCCACCUCAAGAGAAGACUGGUCUAAAAGCAAUGGCAGCUGCGGGUCAUUCUUUUCCUAAAAGAGCAAGGAACAUAUCCUUUGGAACUGAGUUGGCCAAUGGCGCCCGCCUCCUAAAUCGUGCUCUCCGGCAGCCUGUCGGAUAUAGCCCUCCUUUACCUACCUACGCAAUCGCUCCCUCGGAGAAAAUUCCUGUAGGGUUUGUCACUCACGCCAGAGAUGCUUGUGUCGAACUUGACCAGGACUGGAACAGCCAGAGUGAAGACCUCCAAUGGGGCGACGGCGGUCACUACAAUGAAGAGUGGGGCAGUAUGCAUCGUCGCUUUCGGAAUGGUUUGCAGAAGAUGAUCGGCUUUUAUGAGACCAACCUCACAGACGAGGAACAAACGAACGAGGACACCGUCGUUGUCAUAGUUACACACCAAGCUGGCUGUAAUGCUCUCAUUCGGCUGCUGACAGGAGCACCGGCUUUACAUGAGGUAGGAACCGCUUCACUGACCUUGGCAAUCCGAAGGCCCCGGGAUGAAAACACAACGAUGGCGCCAUCAUCCCCAACUCGCAGACGAGGUUCGCUGGACUCUGGCAUUUCGACAGACUACGACGUCAAGAUCAUCGCAUCAACAGAACAUUUGCGAGCCGCUUCCAAUCCUCUGGGACUUAACUCACCACGACUCGGCUUCUCGCCUGCAUUUGCAAGUCGUCGUGUAGUCGGCUCCGACGCCCCUGAAGGCUUUAGUCUGGGAGAUCCCAUGGCUAUCCGUGGAAUGUCGACCAUACAGGCCAGAAACUCGAGCCAAAAGUCUCAUGCUGCUGAUGAACUUACUGCGGGCGAGCAUCCCGCCGGUUUAUGGCGAAGAGGUAGCCGAUAUUCGAGAGAUGAGACGGUAGACUCGAGUGAUGCGGGCAGAACACCUAGGACGGACAGUGUUGACACGAAUGAAAGUGGUCCUGAAUCUCAACCAGUUCCAGAUUCCAAUAAUCUCAAGGUUCAAACUCAACAUUUGCCGGUACGAAGCGCUAGUCAACGUGGUCUCUGGGGAGGCGAGUCGAUAAACAGAAAAAGGAGUCCAGGGAAGAGGCGUUGGACAGCAGUGGAGAGAUCUCCUUGA